AUGGGCUCCGGCAACGGCGAAGCAACGACGACGGCGCAGCUCAUGGAGAUCGCCAAGGUGGACGACCUCCGCGGGGUGGAGCCCGGUACGCCGGGGUGGGUGCGGGCUAGGGCUGCGGUGACGGCGUCCAUGGCCGCUCACAGCUGCGUCCUGGUCGCGCACGACACGCUCGGCAUGGAGCCCCGGCGGUGCGCGCUGUUCGGCCGCGCCUUGCCGGAUCUCUUCGCGCUCCUGUUUGAGGGCAAGAAGUGCAGUGGCCUCUUCUGCAAUGGCUCGCACCGAGGCUAUGAGGUGCAGGUCCCCGCCGUGGCCUUGGAGACCCUCCCCAUCCCGGAUGCCACCGAGCCCAGCCGCGUCCGUGACCUCGCCGGCUGCCUCUGGCCCCAGGGCAACCCUUAUUUCUGGUAA